CAGAGCAACCUCAUCAUCCAACUUCCGUAUGUUGUGUACUGAGGAGCUUGAUUUUGAACUGAGCUGGAGGUAUCUUGCAUUGCCAACCCAACAGUAGAUUGUUUGUCCUGACGAGAUCAGCCAAUACUUCCAAACUACACUUCUGCUAAAUUGGAGGUCUCGGUGCGGGAUGGGUGCUCUGGGAAACGGACGACGAGUGGGUCGGUCCCCUCCGCUACUCAUCGCCGCUUUGACCACAUGCAUCCUUGUCUUGGCAUUUAAUUACUGGGUGUCGAAUUCGCGCAUCGCUGAACUUCAGGCCCAGGUGUAUGAGCUGGAGGCCCAUGUGAGGAGAGGGGAUGCGGAGAGGGAGGAGGUGGCGGAGAAGUGGGGCGAGGCAGACGCCACCAUGAAGCGCCAGACCCAGCAGAUAAGGGAACUGGAGGAACAGCACCAGAGAGAAGAGACGACACUUCACCUCAACGUGUCGUCUUGCUCCAAAACGGUCCAAGAUAUGAAGAGCCAGCUCAAGUCUUUGUUCACGGACCUGGGAAAGAUCCAGCAAGAGCUGCAGACGUGUCAAGGCUCAGUGAACACACUGAAUAAGAAGCUGACUUAUGACACUGCUCAGUGUAACACGCAAAUGAUGGCGUUGAAGGAGGACUGUGAAGAGAGGAUGGCAGCUGUGAAGGAGGCUCAGAAGAAACAAGAGAAGAAUAUACAGACAAAUGCCGCAGACACCCUGAAAGUCGCUCCAAUCACCAUUGGCGACCAGAAGGUUGUCAUUGAAGAUCCAGCCAAUCAGACAGCAGAGAAGUCUCCAAAGCCAAGCCUGCCCGCAGAGUCACCAGACGUGACGGAGCUGAAGACCAAUGACAUAGUCGAUGUUCAUGACGGUACGAAGUUGAAGUUUCCCUGUUUAGGAUUGAUAAAGCUCUCCUAG